AUGAGAGAAAAUAAAAUUUUCACAGGUGAAAAUAUAUUAAUUAAGAAUAGUGAAGAGGGAAAAAAGCAAAAUCAAGCAAAUUUGCUGUUAAAUAAAUUACAAUUAUUAAAUACAAAUCUUAAAAAUGGAGAAAUUGCAAUAAUCAAAAAGAUUGAUUACAAUAAAAUUCAUAAAUCAAAUAAAAUAAUAUUAAAUAACAUCACAAACAGCAACAAUAAUAAUAAAGUUGACGAAUUAUUGACAAUAUUUACUAAAGAAAUUCUAAGAAAUUUAAUAGAAUUUCGAUAUCAUGGAAAUAAUUUAAAAUUUAUUAUAAUUGAAAUUAUUACAUCAUCAUCUUCACUUAACAAAAAUAAUAGUAAUAAAGAAAGUGUUGGCGAGCCUAAUGAUGAUUAUAAGGAAGAAGAAGAAAUAAUUUAUGAGGUCACAAGAGGAAUAAAUCUUACUAUUUUAUCAAAUAUUAUUAAAGAAAUUAUCGAAAAUGCAUUCAACAAUUAUAAUUUAUUUAAAGAAUUUGGAUUAAAUCCACCAAAAGGAAUACUUUUAUAUGGACCAUCUGGUACUGGCAAAACAUUGAUAUUUAAUGCAGUGGCAUCAGAAACAAAUUCAUACAAAAUUUUCAUAAAUGGUCCUGAGGUUAUUAGCAAAUAUUAUGGUGAAACAGAAUCAAAGUUGAAGAGUAUUUUUGAAAAGGCAUUGGAAAACUCACCUUCAAUAAUAUUUAUAGAUGAAAUUGAUGCUUUAUGUCCAAAAAGAGACCAAGUUAAUAAUGAAUCAAGUAAACGUGUGGUUGCCAUGAUGCUUACAUUGAUGGAUGGUAUAUCAAACAAAGGUGAUGAUAAAAAUGGUAAAGUGAUUGUUAUUGGUUCUACCAAUCGGCCCAAUUCGUUGGAUGAGGCAUUAAGAAGACCUGGAAGAUUCGACAAAGAAAUUGAAAUUGGAAUUCCCAAUUCCCAUUCAAGAUCAUUAAUAUUGCAAACUUUAUUAAAAGAUAUUCCAAGCUCAUUAACAAUUGAUGAAAUUGAAUCAUUUUCAUCAAAACUACAUGGUUAUGUUGGGGCGGAUUUGUCCGCAAUUUGUAGAGAAGCCGGAUUAAAAGUUAUAAAAAAUAGAGUUAGGAAUAAUAUUGAUGGUGAUAACGACGACGACAACAACAACAAUGAUAAAGAAGAUGAUAUUAAGAUUACAUUAAAAGAUUUAGAGGAUGCAAUGUUAAAAGUUAGACCAAGUGCAAUGAGGGAAAUAAUAUUAGAAAUACCAAAAGUUUAUUGGAAAGAUGUUGGUGGACAAAAUGAAAUUAAACAAAAGCUAAAAGAGAGCAUUGAAUGGCCAUUAAAGUAUUCGGAGAAAUUUAAAAAUUUAGGUAUCAAGCCACCAAAAGGCAUAUUAAUGUAUGGCCCACCUGGUUGUAGUAAAACAUUAAUGGCAAAAGCAUUAGCAACUGAAGCAAAUUUGAAUUUCAUAGCUGUUAAAGGUCCCGAGUUAUUUAGUAAAUGGGUUGGUGAAUCAGAGAAAGCAGUCCGUGAAAUAUUUCGUAAAGCAAGAGCCGCAUCACCAUCCAUUAUAUUUUUUGAUGAAAUUGAUGCUUUAACAGUUAAGCUUGGUGAUAGAGUAUUAUCACAAUUGUUAAAUGAAAUGGAUGGUAUAGAGGUUUUAAAUAAUGUUACUAUCGUGGCUGCUACAAAUAGACCUGAUAUAAUGUGCUUUGCUAAGACCAGGUCGUAUAGAUAG